UGUUAAUUUAAAACAUAUUGCAAAAAUUAAAACUUUCAUCUCUGUCAAAUGGAGGCGAGAAGCAACGUUUUAUUCUUACUUGUUUUGUUAAAUUUUUCAGCUCUCAUCUACGCCAACUGCUAUGAAUCUGGUUAUGGUACAGGUGAAAGAUCUUUUAGUUGUGAAACUGAUGUGAAUAACAAUAAAGCAAAAAUACAAAUAGACAUAAAAACUUGUCGAAAUGAUCCUCUGAUUAAUUUUCGUUUCCAGAUUCCUGAACUUGAUUUUGAUUAUAGCACUCAGGUAAAGGCGUCACAAGAUAUUGAAAUACCUGGACUAUCAUUAAGUGUUUUAGGUGGUUUAUUCUUACAAGUAAAAUUUGAAGACAACCAUUCUGAAAAGAUAAAAUUAAAGGUACUUCUGUUACUUAAAGUUCUUGGAUCCACACAACUAGAGAUACCGUUACUUGAGGAGACUAUCAGCAACUCAGAUUGUAACAGUUUCUUAAAAUUUUGGAAUUCUGCAAAUGGUUACUUAAAAUAUGGUGGAAUUAGUGGACUGGUACUACUACUUUGCUUGUUUGCUUUGUGCUGUUACUGUUGCUGUUGUAAAAAAAAUAGAACCAAUUCCGCCAUAAUAAUGUCUACAAAUUCCAUACCAAUGUUUGAAAACAAAGUUCCCUACAAGAUACAUAACAAUGUUUAAAGUUAACUAAAGAAAAUAAAUUUAAGUUAACAAAUUUAGUUUCAGUCUUACAUUAGAACUAAAAAAUUUAAUUAUAUUAAUUAUUGUGAACGAUUUUUUAUUGAAUUUUGUUAUUAAUUUAACAUUUAUACAGCUA